AUCUUUAAAAGGCCUUCCACUGGUUUCUCAAGCCAGCUGCUUCGGGAUAUUGGGGAUAUAAUAAGAACAGUGAAUUCUUCAGGCAUGAGCCCAUGGCUAUGCUCCGUUUCCUAUAAAAUUAGUUCCUUGCUUAGAAGCAGUGCUGUGUGGAAUAUCAUGAUGGUGGAAAUGUGUGCUGUAAGUCUACCCGUGGUGGUUUUGCCAUAAGUAUUAUGAAUAGAGAAGGAAUAUUCAUAUCUGUAGUGAGUGUUUAUUCCACUGAGAUAAAAAAACACUGCCCCUUCUAUGAUGAAAGUAGUCUAAUUUAAUCAACCGGCCACCAGGUAACUGGCUAACUUCAUCCCCUCCUCCUGGGAAUUGUGGUGUCAUUGGGGGAGCUCAGUAGUGUUCUCUGCAGUUGGCAGAUUAGCCUUGGUGACUGUUAGUCCAUGUUGCUAGGAAGAUGGGUGGCUGGAGAAAGAGGCCGAUAUCUUUAGCAUGAGUCAUCUCUGGUGAGUAUUCACAGGGGACACAGCUAUCUCCACAUGCUGUGCUCAUUCAGGGAGACCUAUUCACAUUCUUCUUCCUUGUCAUUAAUUUUCAAAUCCUGUUCCUUCUCAAUCCUUGAUCAUUCAGCCAAGCCAUUAGCACCAGUCUGUGAAUCUCUGUAGAUCCAUACUUUACACUCUCUUUGUAGCCAAAAUAAACAACCAGGUGCACUGCUUAAAUUUCCGCCCCCUGCAGGAUUUUCCCUUGGCCACUGUUCCUUCAGUGCCACCCAGUGUGGGGCUGUGGUGCUGCUGUGGUCGACAGCUGCGUGGCGGGGCCAGCAUAUUGUGCAGAACCAACUGGAAACUAGGCUGGCAGUUUUUAUUAUAUUUGUCAGGGGGUUUCCCUGGGAGUCCACAGACAUGGAUGUAGACAACAUAAGCAACGUAGCAGGAGUGUGGGUCAAGGGGCAGCUCUGCUACCCGCACAUGCAAAUGGCCUUGUACCUUCAGGACUUGCUCAAGUCUCUCUAAUAUAUGAUGUCACUUCCAUUUGAUGGUGGAAUGUUGUUGUGCGAGGCCAGGUUUUAUUGGCUUGAUGAAUCAGACAACACCCAGGUCCUAACGGGAAGUUCACAUUGAGUGGUAACUUGGUGGUCUGUGGUCAAUUGUUCAGUCUCUCCUGCCUCCCCCGGCAAGCCAGAAGGUUCCCCCAAAGAGAAUGGUUAUCUACAGAGGAUGGCAUAGCUUUGCUCCAAAAUGUUUAAAAUUUGCCUUGUGAUUUACAUGUUGGGGUCCCCCAAAGGCUCAGGACUUGAUUUCUCUGUAGCCCAGUCUUUAAGCAGCAGUGAGUUUUCUGGGUCCCAGUGGUAGGGUAGCUUGUUGACAGCCCUAGACUGUUACAGAGCCCUAUUUUUCUGGCGUCUAUUUAAAAACUGGCAAGCUUUCUGGUUAUCUAUACUGGUAAUGAAGUGUAUUUUACUUUCAAAAUUCAUAUCCAUGGUGUCUCCUUUUUUAAGGGUUAGAGGGACCAGAUGCAGCAAUCUGUUCUUCACUCUGGAAGAGAUAUCUUGACAGAUCCCAGACCAUUAGAUUCCCAGGAAUUUCACUGGGGACGCAGACCCCUGAAUUUUUGUGGGAUUUACUGCCCGCCCUUUGGCACACAUGUAUCUUACCAAGGUGUCUCGGGUAGUUAUUAAUUUCCUGCUAGCUGAUCCAGGCAGCAUAAUAUUAUCAGUAGAAUAGACCAGUGUGAUGUCCUGUGGAAGGAAAGGUGAUGAAAGUCCCCACACACUAGGUCAGUGGCUUUUGCCUCCCAGAGGACAUUCGAUAAUGUCUGGAGACAUUUUUGGUAUCACUAAUCAGGGGCAGGCAUCUGGUGCGUAGAGGCAUGGGGUGCUAUUAAGCACCCCAUGAUGCGCAGAACGGCCCCCUGCAGCAAGGCCCCAAACGUCCGUGGUGCUGAGAUGAGAAGCUGUUGUGGACUAGAUGAUGCCAUAGGCUGGAAGUUUGAAGCACCCUGCGGUGGCAUAGUGAAGAGAUCGCAGACUGCUUCAAUGUUCUUUACUAACUAGUAGAGAGAGAACGCAUCCCCCGCCACCUCCCCCCCACCCCGCUCAGUGACUGACUACGUACCAGGUGCCAGGGUUUCACUGAUUUGACCCAGCAAGGAAACCACAUCUAGAGUGGCAGUUGUAAUUGGAAUUACCAACUGAUUAAGUGUUGAUAAUUUACGGUCAUUUUCUGAGAUUUCUCUUUCUUCUGCACAGGCCAGAGGGAUGAGUUGAAUGGAGUUGUGGGAAUUGACCGUCACUGCAUCUCUAUGGUGGCAUUCAUCUCUGCGGUCCCUUCAUGAGCAUACAUCUGUGGAUGGAUACACUGAACCGCAUAUCCAGCCUACCAAAUCAAGUAGCAGACAGAACAUCCCUCGCUGUAGAAACUCCAUUACGUCAGCAACAGAUGAACAGCCUCACAUUGGAAAUUAUCGUUUACAAAAAACAAUAGGGAAGGGAAAUUUUGCCAAAGUGAAAUUGGCAAGACAUGUUCUAACUGGUAGAGAGGUUGCUGUGAAAAUAAUAGACAAAACUCAGCUAAAUCCUACCAGUCUACAAAAGUUGUUUCGAGAAGUACGAAUAAUGAAGAUAUUGAAUCAUCCUAAUAUAGUAAAAUUGUUUGAAGUUAUUGAAACAGAGAAGACCCUCUAUUUAGUCAUGGAGUACGCGAGUGGGGGUGAAGUAUUUGAUUACUUAGUUGCCCAUGGAAGAAUGAAAGAAAAAGAGGCCCGUGCAAAAUUUAGGCAGAUUGUAUCUGCUGUACAGUAUUGCCAUCAAAAGUGCAUUGUUCACCGUGAUCUUAAGGCUGAAAACCUUCUCCUUGAUGCUGAUAUGAAUAUUAAAAUUGCUGACUUUGGUUUUAGUAAUGAAUUUACAGUUGGGAACAAAUUGGACACAUUUUGUGGAAGCCCGCCCUAUGCUGCCCCUGAGCUUUUCCAAGGAAAGAAGUACGACGGGCCUGAAGUGGAUGUGUGGAGCCUCGGCGUUAUUCUGUAUACACUAGUCAGUGGCUCCUUGCCUUUCGAUGGCCAGAAUUUGAAGGAACUACGGGAGCGAGUCUUACGAGGAAAGUAUCGUAUUCCCUUCUAUAUGUCCACUGACUGUGAAAAUCUUCUGAAGAAAUUAUUGGUGCUGAAUCCAAUAAAGAGAGGCAGCUUAGAACAAAUAAUGAAAGAUCGGUGGAUGAAUGUUGGUCACGAGGAAGAAGAGCUAAAGCCGUAUGCUGAGCCUGAACCAGAUUUCAAUGACACGAAAAGAAUAGACAUCAUGGUCACCAUGGGUUUUGCACGAGAUGAGAUUAAUGACGCCUUAAUAAAUCAAAAAUAUGACGAAGUUAUGGCUACUUACAUUCUUUUAGGUAGAAAACCACCUGAAUUUGAAGGCGGUGAAUCGUUGUCCAGCGGAAGCUUGUGUCAGAGGUCACGGCCCAGCAGUGACCUGAACAACAGCAGCCUUCAGUCCCCUGCCCACCUGAAGGUCCAGCGGAGCAUCUCCGCAAACCAGAAGCAGCGGCGUUUCAGUGAUCACGCUGGUCCAUCCAUUCCCCCGGCUGUAUCAUAUACCAAAAGGCCUCAGGCCAACAGCGUGGAAAGUGAACAGAAAGAGGAGUGGGACAAAGACCUAGCUCGUAAACUUGGCAGCACAACGGUUGGAUCAAAGAGCGAGAUGACUGCGAGCCCUCUUGUGGGGCCAGAAAGGAAAAAAUCUUCAACGAUUCCGAGUAGCAAUGUAUAUCCUGGAGGUAGCAUGGCAAGAAGGAACACAUACGUCUGUGAAAGGACUACAGAUCGGUACGCGGCAUUGCAGAAUGGAAAAGACAGCAGCCUUACGGAGAUGUCCGCAAGUAGCAUAUCUUCUGCAGGCUCUGCUGUGGCUUCCGCUGUCCCUUCAGCACGACCCCGCCACCAGAAGUCCAUGUCCACUUCUGGCCAUCCUAUUAAAGUUACACUGCCAACCAUUAAAGACGGCUCUGAAGCUUACCGGCCCGGCGCGACGCAGAGAGUGCCUGCUGCCUCCCCGUCUGCUCACAGUAUUAGCACCGCCACCCCUGACCGCACCCGCUUCCCCCGGGGGAGCUCCAGCCGCAGCACUUUCCACGGGGAGCAGCUCCGGGAGCGCCGCAGCGCCGCCUACAACGGGCCCCCCGCAUCCCCUUCCCACGAAACGGGCGCCUUCGCACAUGCCAGGAGGGGAACGUCAACGGGUAUAAUAAGCAAAAUAACAUCCAAAUUCGUUCGCAGGGAUCCAAGCGAAGGCGAAGCCAGUGGCAGAGCCGACACCUCGAGAAGUACAUCAGGGGAACCAAAGGAAAGAGACAAGGAAGAGGGUAAAGAUUCUAAGCCCCGUUCUUUGCGGUUCACGUGGAGUAUGAAGACCACUAGCUCAAUGGACCCCAAUGACAUGAUGAGAGAAAUCCGGAAAGUGCUAGAUGCAAAUAACUGUGAUUAUGAACAAAAAGAGAGGUUUUUGCUUUUCUGUGUCCACGGAGAUGCUAGACAGGACAGCCUCGUGCAGUGGGAGAUGGAAGUCUGCAAGUUGCCGCGGCUGUCGCUGAAUGGGGUCCGCUUCAAGCGAAUAUCUGGCACAUCUAUUGCCUUUAAGAACAUUGCAUCUAAAAUAGCAAAUGAGCUUAAGCUGUAAAGAAACUCAAAUUUCAGGAUCAGGGAAGAUACAUUCACAUAUGAGGUACAGUUUUUGAAUGUAUUGAUAAUGCCUAAUGUGGUUGGCCUGUGAAUCUCCCCAUGUAGAAUUUGCCCUUAAUGCAAUAAGGAUAUACAUAGUUAUGAACUGUACAAUUGAAGUCCGUAUGAAGUAUAAUAAAUAUCCGUAGCUGAAAAAGUAGGUCCACAUGUACAGGUAAGUAUAUUGUGUAUUUCUGUUCAUUUUCUGUUCAUAGAGUUGUAUAAUAAAACAGAUGAUUGCUUAAAAAACUUGUAUAGUUGUCUAGAUUUCUGCACAUAAGUGUAUGUUUGACGUUUUCAGUUGGAGAUGUUCUUCCCUGUUAUUUACAUUCUGAUGGGUUUUUUAAAUUCUUACCUCCAUCAUGCAAUUUUGAAAGUUGUGUCCAGAAUUAAAAGUGCACAGAAAUAGUCUUUAAAAUUGUAGCAUGGACUUUUAAAAAUUAUUUUUAAAUCAUAUUUAAAUUUAAACCAGAUGCUGAUAAAUAGAUCAGCUUUACUAUACACAGAAUUAUUCCUGCUUCUCUUUGCUCUUCUCCUUGUUCUCAGACAAGGUUUAGUUGAGAAAAUACAAAAUGUUUACAGUGUUGGCACUUAGAGUUUUUAAAAUAAACUACGUGAAAAUAACAAUAGCUUUGCCUUGAGCUAGCUGAGAAGUACUGGGGAAGAAGUUAAACCUGUAUCAAAUUUCUUUUAAACUUUAAAGUGUUCCCUGGCCCACUGCUAAAUGUAGCAGCAAAAUUAAAAAGAAUCAAUACUUCAUCUGGCUAUUAUAAAUGUAAACUGUCAACUUAGGUUUGCUGCCUUCUGAAAACCGCAAUGUAAUUGCGGAAAUAGAAUAAGAUUGGGACUGUCUCAUAGCACAAACUCAUCUUUACAGUGUUGAUCAAUGCAUCAGUUAAGAAAUAAUGCCACCUCAGGAACUAACUGGCAUUGGGAACAUUGACCGAUUCCCCCUCCCAUCCCCUUCAUCCACCCCCGACUCGGUAAUAUCUGUGAGUACUUAGGAGACUUUUUGAGCAAAACCUACUAUUUAUAACAGUGUAUUAUUGAUCUAUGCUUACGUGGUCGUUGAGUUUAUUCCCAUGUAACCUGUUCGUUUUUAAUAUUUUGCCAGAUUUCUUGUAUUUAUUCCACAUCGUUAGGCCUAUAAUGUGCAGCUUUGUAGUUGGGCAUUUGCCUCCUUUUCUUUCAUAAUUAGUGAUAUAUGCGAUGUAAAACCACUAGGAAAGGUACAUUUUAAUACUUGUUUUUUUUUUUUUACUGAAUUAGCCUUGGAGGUUGACUGUGCAAUGUUAUUUAAUGUUGUAAUUACUGUAAUAUCAAUAUAUGGGCCCCAUCUGCACACUCCUGAGGAACGGAAAAGUGUAUUCAAAUUUUAGCAGUUCAAAGGAGAAUAAAGCUGUGAUAAAUACUGUAAUUCUAACCUACAUCCGAAAGCUCUACGUGUAGGUGACAUGCCAUUCCGUAAUGGCGUCCAGACGAGGGUGAAUUUUACAUUCUGUACUGUACUGUGACGUAGCUUUCUUCUGUAACGGUUCUGUUCUAAAAUGAAGUGUAUUUUUGCCUUAGCAAAGGAUGGUGUUUGGGGAAAAAAAAAAAACCCACAACUGUGUAGCCCCUUUUUAACCUAGUGUUCAUUCAGAAAAAUUGAUGCAAAUCUUUAUUCACUUCCACUGGUGCACACUGAAAUUUUACUUGAACAGUUCUCAUAAUAAAGCACUUGUCUUCUGCUCUUUAUCAAAA